GUUUGAGUACUGCGGAGCAACCCUACAUGAUGAUUGUUUAGAUGACAUCACACUAGGAUUAUGGAAAGUGGAUCUACUGACUGUUCUUGAUAAGCUCACCUCAGGACCUCAAAUACUCGUCGGAUCUAGCAUGGGAGGCUGGUUAUCACUGUUAGCUGCUAUGGAAUGGCCUGAGAGAGUGUGUGGUAUUGUUGGAAUUGCCACAGCAUCCGACUUUCUUGCAACGAAGUAUGAAAAGUACCUAACUGAGGAGCAAAAGAGAGAGUUGGAUGAAACCGGCAGGCUGUCCUUUGCCGAUCCAGACAGUGGCUCCAUCACAAAAAACAUGGUGGAAGAGAGUAGACGGCAUCAUCUGCUUACACGCACAUCGAUUCCGGUAAGGUGCCCCCUGCGAUUUAUUCACGGAAUGGAGGAUGAGAGCGUGCCCUACAAGAUCUCACUGCAGCUAGCUGAACUCUCAGAGGCAGACGAUGUUGAUGUCAUUCUUCGCAAGAACGGCAGGCACAGAAUGUCAGAGGAAGAAGACAUAAGACUGAUUGUAACGACUCUUGAUUCUCUCAUUAAACGGCUGUCUUGCACAUAAUUUGAGUAUCACGUCAUAGCGAAGCUGCAAAUCAUUAAUAUGGGAGUCACACGUAGUUAUAAGUGGUAUGGAUUUGCUUAUACAAGAUUGAAAUUACUUGUCUAUCUCUAGAAAGUGAAAGAACGUUUUUUUAUCAUGCAAAUUUUACUUGAUUGAGACAUGCUUCUAAUUCAAAUUUAAAAGGAUUUAAGUUCAGUAAAAUUCAAAGCUUAAUAAAUUGAUUGAUUGUUGGUUUUUAAAACUUAACUCAUAAAUCACAAUGUGAACCAUUCAUAAUUGUCCAAAUUAUGUCAUUAUUUCAACAUACAAUUAUAUUAGCUAGAUAUGUAAAUACAUUCGUUAAACUAAUAAAAGGUGCCAAAAGUUUUGAGCCUUUAGGAAUAUGUUGAUGAUCAUGAAGGGUAUGUGCAAUACAUCAAAAAUUAAUUAAGAUCCUUGUUGUGUUAGACAUACAUGAUGUCAGAAAGGUGACACAGUUUGUAAGUGACGUUUGUACUAUUGCUAAAGGGUCAGUGAUAAAACAAUAACAAAAAAAGAUUGAUGAACAAUUAAA